AUGUGUGAUUACUACCAUUCGCAGACGGCUGUUUCUGCGUUCUUCGGAUGUCAUUGGCGUCCGCUGGUUGGCAGACACUGCGGCGGAGAGUCGAAGCAGUUGCUGACACAAGAGCGGCGUGUGUGCGAGCUAUUCCAGUGGAAACAAGAGUUCCUGCGUGCGAAGGAGAGUCGACGCGAACGAAGCCCUGACGGGAAAUUGGUCGCAGGAAUGAAAGACAUGUUUCGAGCGAGGGCACCUGUGCGGAUGUGAUAUGACUAUGAUGAUGAGGUUUUAAGGCUUGACGCUUCAGUCAUGGUGUAGUCAGUCGAUUUUUGCUUACUGCCAUGUUUGGAUGCGUGUCGUAGAAUCGAGCUGGUGGAAAACGCGUUUUUAGUAUUGCUGCGUACGCGUUUAGAGGAAAAAAGUGUGUGGAUGAUGUGCGAAUGUUCGAGUUUGUGGAAAAUUUCAGAUGAAGUGAAAAUAUUGUGUUCAGUUUGAACUGAAGUUGUGUUAGUAAUAUUCUGAGCGUUUGUGAAAUCGAACGCAAGCCUCAGUUUUGCAAAUAAAGCUCAGAAGCGAGCAAAAAGCUGCCUUAAUUUUGAAUAGUACUCUAGAGAGAUAAGCAGAAAAGUUGAUAAUGCAAAAAUAAAGCAAUCAGAAUUGAAUCUACGACCAAGCUUCCACCGAGCAACACCUUCCGCUUUCCGAGCAUCGAAUAGCAUCAGAAUAAUUUAACCUUCAACUUAUCAACACCCAAAUCAACAUAAAAUCACGUAACUCCCUCCGAGGCACAACACUUUCAUCACUUGAGGUUACCUCUGUCAGAGAGCAGAGGUUCCGAUUCCCGCACUGAGCAACCCAAACGGAACCGACGACGUCAAGAUUGCCUCCCCAACGGGAACAACGGUGGUCGUCACGGGGCCGGUUAAAAUGCGAAUGAAAAGCGCACCGAAAAGCUUCCGACGGCACAGGGCCAACAAGCAUCAGGUUGAUUUUCCCCAACCAAGCGAGGUAACGGAAGCGUCGCUGGAGUUAUGGAGAAGUCUGCCGACCAAGAUCCGGCAGGAUCCGAGCAUGGUAUCGUUCCAGCAGGUGGAACUCGAACACGCCCGGUUACAUGGUGAUGACCACGAGGACUCCUUCCCGGAGAUCCAACCAUUAGAGGACGAUGUGGCCGAGGAAGAGGAACAGGAAGAUGGUGAAGAUAACGGAAACGAAUUCAUUACCAUCAACGUGACCAAUGAGCAGGGUCAGAGCAAAGAGAUCGAGCACAUUAAAGAGAAAAACAAAGACAUCCCGAAGCCCCACGUGCAUCAUCUCGCAGGUCACUACAUCGGCAAUAUAACACCCCCAAAACACGAUGACUUCAACGACACCGGUCAAAGUCGUCUGGACGAGGAUCACCCGUUUCGGAAGUACUCGAAAACCAUCUGUCUGUUCAUCACGUGGAUGAUAAUCAUCACAUUCCUGGUGGUGAAAGACGAGAAACUUCAUUCCGAAAAGCAUCUCUCGAUCCCGGUGGACAAAACCAAAGCGUACAUCCUGCCAGAGCUGCCACUUAGAUCCCACGUGAGGUUCACGUUCGAGGGGACCUUCCUCAGCGAGCCUUUUACCAACACCACCGAACACUACUUGACAAUCUACCUCCAAUCGCUGACGUCCACUUUGGAUGGGAAUCUGGACGAGUCGGAAGGUGCUGCUGAAUCGGUGCAAAACAUCACCGAGCUGUGGCAUAUGCCGAUCGUGCAUCCGUAUCUCUUCGACAGCGCACCUCUCAUCAAGAAACAACAUAUUUUUGAAAUUGGUGAGACCAGUUUUGAACACAUCAAUCAGCAAAGCAGCGUAGUCCAGUUGAUGGUGAAAAGCAACAUCAAAGCCAUUAUGCCGAUCAGUGUGCAGUAUGACCAUUCUCCGGUCAAUCGUGACGUUGGGGUGAUCUACGCAGCCUUCGUGCUGCUGUUCUUGUACGCGUUGAUUAUUUGGGAGAUCGUUCAUCGGACGUUCGCCGCAGUGAUUGCUUCUACGCUGGCGGUUUCCAUUCUGGCGGCGCUCAACGAUCGGCCCACGAUGGAUGAUAUUGUCGGGUGGAUCGACGUGGAGACCAUCUUGCUGCUGUUCUCGAUGAUGAUUCUGGUGGCCAUACUGGCGGAGACGGGCAUCUUUGACUAUAUUGCUGUUUACAUUUACAAGAUUACCAAUGGGAAGAUUUGGGGUCUCAUUCACUGCUUGUGCAUCUGUACGACGCUGAUCUCAUCUCUGCUGGAUAAUGUGGCAACGGUACUGCUGAUGGCACCAAUCACGAUUCGGUUAUGCGAGGUUGUGGACAUGAACCCUGUACCGGUACUGAUGGCCAUCACCGUUCAUGCUAACAUCGGAGGUACGAUGACACCCAUAGGAGAUCCGCCCAAUGUCAUUAUCACAUCGAAUCAGUAUAUUUUGAAACACGGAGUAACCUUUUUAACCUUCACCGCCCACAUGAUGGUGGGCGUCAUCAUUGUCGUAAUAGCAACGAACAUCCAUCUUCGCUUGAAGUACAGAAAUAUCAACAAUCUCAGGAUGCACGAACCCAAGGAAAUGAAGGAAUUGCGACGAAACAUCAAGGCUUGGGAGCGGGCGGCUGGCAAGAUUCCACCCUACUCGAAGGAUGCCAACAUCGUGCGGGAAACGCUGAUGAAGAAGGUUCGUCUGCUGAGGCACGAGCUGAAGAAAAAGAUGACGAAAGGUUGCGUUCCAGAGGAAAUCUAUCGCUCAACGCUGGAAGAGUUGCAGAAGGAGCAUCCCAUUAAAAACAAGGGGCUGUUGAUCAAAUCGGGAGUUGCCGGUUUGUUCAUAAUUUCGUUGUUUUUCUUGGAGUCAAUCCCAGAGUUGCGGAAGCUGUCCUCUGGCUGGGCAGCCUUGUUGGGUGUGAUGUUGCUGCUGAUUAUCUCGGACAAGAACGACAUGGACGCGGUCCUGUCGCGCAUUGAGUGGCCCACACUGCUCUUCUUUGCUGCUAUGUUCACCCUGAUGGAAGCCGUCGAGCGGAUGGGGCUGAUCGACUGGAUUGGUCACGCGACCGAAACCAUCAUUAUGGCCGUGUCCCAGGAUCUACGGCUGGCGGUGGCAAUUAUUAUCAUUCUAUGGAUUUCAGCACUGUCUUCAGCGUUCGUCGAUAGUAUCCCGAUAACGGCAAUGAUGGUCAAGAUUGUGAUUGCGCUGGAGAAGUCAUCGCUUGGCUUACCCUUGCAGCCGCUCGUGUGGGCCCUUGCAUUUGGCACUUGUUUGGGAGGUAACGGAACGCUGGUUGGCGCUUCCGCCAACGUUAUCAGCGCUGGCAUUGCAGAGCAGCAUGGCUAUCGAUUCAGUUUCAUGGAUUAUUUCAAGCUCGGUUUCCCCAUCAUGUUAGUGAGCGUAAUUGUGACAACUGGGUAUUUGAUAACGGCUCACGUAGUAUUCACCUGGCAUUGAAACUGUUACAACGCUUUCGAAGCUGCAUUGAACAUUGGAGGGAUGAGCUGCAAUCGUUAGAAUUAUGGAGAUUUUUCUAACAAUAACCAGCCGUUUCUUAAAUGAGCUGUAUGUGUUUAUAUGGCAAUUAUACUAUACGUGUUAUACAAUACAGCUAGUAAGUGUUUUUUCUCGUCGUUAGAAUUUAGUUAAUUUCACAGAAACUUUUCAAGUUUUCAUUUUUAUUUCCCAAUUUAUUUUGCCUGUUUGUAAAACAAUGAGAUUUAAACAUAAAAAAUAAAAAUAAUUAAUAAAAAACAAA